AUGUCAAGCACUAAAGAUCCUCAACUACUGAUCUCUGGGCUGUCGGGAUGGCCAUUGCGAGCAGCUGUGUAUGCCAUGGAGUGGCUUCCGCUACUUUCAUACAAGAUAACCAAAGAUUCCUUGAUCUACGAAUUGCGCAACCACCAUUUUACCGAGACACCUACGAUGCUUCCCAUUCCCAAUCGUUGUAUUCAUAAAGGAACCGUUCCUCAGAAGGAAAACUUUCAGUUGGACGCCAGCCGAAAAAGUAUUUCCCCGUUUCAUUCGUUCUGGGAUUAUCAUGAAGCCUAUCAAAGUGGUAAAACAACGCCUUCAAAGGUUGCUACCCGUUUCCUUGAGGCCGCCAAGGCUACCGAACACUGUCACUGGCUACGAACUUAUAUCGAGAAAGACAUUCUCGUCCAGGCGGCGGCCUCAACCGAGCGCUAUGCGAGACACCAACCGCUCAGUCAAUUGGAUGGUGUCUUUAUAGGCAUCAAAGAAGAGCUGGAUAUUCAGGGCUUGGAAACCAAAGCAGGUACCUCGUUCAUCAAUGACGGUUCUCCAGCGACCAGCGAUUCCACCAUUGUCAAACGGCUCAAAGAUGCAGGUGCCAUCAUUGUGGGCCAUACCGUCAUGCAAGAACUAGGUUGGGACGUUUUCAGCGUCAAUCCGAACACUGGCACGCCUAUGAACCCGUACGGUGUCAAUGUCAGCUGUGGCGGGUCCAGUGGAGGUUCUGGAGGGAUUGUCGCUGCAGGCUUAUGUCCCGUUAGUAUUGGUGCAGAUGGCGGUGGUUCGAUUAGAAUUCCUUCUUCUUUCUGUGGUUUGUAUGGGCUGAAAACGACGUUUGGUCGGAUAUCGGCGUUUGGCGGAGAGAGAUCGGAUCCAACCUUGAAUGCUUACGGUCCGCUGGCGGCCACAGCCGACGAUAUGGCUCUAACGUAUGCCAUCAUCGCCGGUCCUGACGAGAAUGAUUGGUAUACCCUGUUUCAACCACCAGUGUCGUUGGCCAAUUAUGAUCAGACCGACAGUCUACAAGGGAUAACCAUUGCUGUCGUACCUGAAUGGAAUCAGGACGCCGACCUGGUAUUUUUGGAACGUCUCGAACAGUUUAAAAACUUUUACCAGCGAUUGGGAGCCACCAUUGUUGAGAUUGAUCUCCCCGAACUAUUUUUGGCCAAACGAGCCCAUACCAUUACCAUAUGCUCGGAAAUGAACGAUUAUGCAAACAAGUUUUUACGACAAAAGCAUCAGUUUCUUUUGCAUACGCGGAUCAUGAUGGGGCUUUCCAAUAACAUUUACAGUAUUGAUUAUUUGCGUGCACAACAAAUGCGCACACGCAUGAUGGAUCGUCUUACGGAUCUUUUUCAACAUCACCACAUUGACCUCAUACUAACGCCCGCCACAGGAAUGCAAGCGCCUGAAAUCUCGCCAGGCGCCAUGGCGCACGGUAUGUCCAACGUCAACUGGACCGUAAAAGCGAUGCAUUACGCUACAUUGGCCAACCUCACGGGCAUUCCAGCCGUUAAUCUGCCUGCUGGAUUUGAAAAUGGCAAGCCGGUUGGAUUACAACUGAUGGCGGAAUGGUGGAACGAAGCCUUGCUGUGUCGCAUGGCUAAAAUCAGUGAAAAAAUACCCAAUAUUGAACGCCAAAGACCUCGGCAAGACUACUCCACGGAUCUUUUGUCAUGA